GAAGACGUUGGAUUAGAAAGGAAAUGGAGCAUGUGGGCUUCUCGUGCUCCCAUUCACCAAAUAUAUAAGACCCAUCUAAUUCUCGAAUUCAAUUGCUUUUCUCACCAAUUUAGAAUCAACCCAGAUUGCAUUUUGAAGUCCUUUAUAGUUUUCUUUUUGUUUUUUGGCGACAUUGAUUUUUAUAAGUGGAAGGUCUUUGCGAUUAAAGUAUUAUAUUUGUUGCUGCGUAACAAGUUUGCCUUUUUGUUUUGAUUUGUUUCCUUCAAUGGUUUGGGAUUGAAUUGAAAAACAAAAAGAGCAGCAAUCGUGAAUGGAAGAAGGCAACCCAAGAAGCAAGUUCAGGAGGGUCUGUGUCUUCUGUGGGAGCAACCCUGGCCACAGAAAAGUCUUCAGCGAUGCUGCUCUUGAAUUGGGCAAUGAACUGGUGAAGAGGAAGAUAGACUUGGUGUACGGUGGGGGAAGUGUCGGGUUGAUGGGUUUGAUAUCCCAGAGAGUGUAUGAUGGAGGUUGCCAUGUUCUCGGGAUCAUUCCAAGAGCUCUCAUGCCUCUUGAGAUAUCUGGUCAAACUGUUGGAGAAGUAAGAACUGUUUCAGACAUGCAUGAGCGUAAAGCUGCAAUGGCUAGAGAAGCUGAUGCCUUUAUUGCUCUUCCUGGAGGAUAUGGAACCAUGGAAGAGCUGUUGGAGAUGAUAACAUGGGCCCAACUUGGAAUUCAUAAAAAACCGGUUGGUCUGCUAAAUGUUGAUGGGUACUAUAAUUGCUUGCUGGCAUUAUUUGACAAUGGGGUCGAAGAAGGAUUCAUCAAGCCAGGCGCUCGGCAUAUAGUCCUUUCCGCUCCAACUGCCAAAGAACUAUUGAUUAAGAUGGAGCAAUACACUCCUUUCCAAGAACACGUUGCUUCUCAUGAAAGCUGGCAGAUGGAGGAACUUGGCAAUUAUCCAGGAAAAGAAAAUGCACAGUGAUUGUUGGUGGUAGAUCUUUCUCCUAAAUUGAUUCCUGAUGUGAUUCAUCAUCAUUUGAGUGGAAGAAUCUAUAUAGAUGGGACCAUAUAUUGAACAUUACUAUGUACUUUUUGUCGUUCUUUCUGUUUGAAUUGUAGUAACUUUUUCCUCCUUGUUUUAUGACAAACAUUGGUUUGUGGUCA